AUGCAGCUACAGUGGGGAGGACGGACUUUUUCGCGGUCGAGGUUAGGGGCCUGUUUGGGCAAGGGAGGGUUGCAGAAGCUUGAAUACUCCCCCGGCGAAUUUAUCUACACAACCCAAUCCCCCACCGCUGUGUCGAGUACAGCUCUUCCUCGACCCGUUGACCCUUUUGUCUCUCUGUCACCUGAUCAAAAGUCGUUGCUUCACCAUUUCAUCCAGGAUGCGUCGCAAAUCACGGCAUGUCACUCCGGCAUGCAGAAGGAUAUCUGCAAGAUGCUUGUCCCGAUGGCCCUCCAGACCCCAUCAUUAUUAUACGCAACAAUGGCGCUGUCAGCAAUCCACCUACAAGCUCUAAACAAUCAAUCGGAGAACGUCAAGUCCGCCCCGGAUAUUGCCCGGUCAAUGGCGCUCAGCCUCGAGCACUUCCGGAAGGAACUACAGAACCCAGGCACCAAGGGGUCGGAUGCGCUCCUCGCAACGGCGCGCACGCUCUGUUUAGCGGAAAUCCAUUCCGGGGCCAUCCACCCGAACUCGUGGCGAGCCCAUGUCGAGGGCGCAAAGGCCCUUAUGCUUGCGACGAAUCACAAGGGGAGCGAAUCACCGGGUUCGUCGCAGGGUUUCCGUCGAUACUUGGACCGGUGGUACCAGUCGAUUGUCUCCCUAACAGCACUGACGGGGAACGGGCCGCCCAUCGAAGAGGUCACGGAACAGCCAGGCCCCGAGAUCAUCCGCCAGCAAGACGCACCGGACUAUCUCGACGACUACUGGGGCUUCACCGUAAACCUGUCGGCCAUCUUCCGCGCAAUCGGGGCGGCAGCCUGGCGGAAUCAUCCCAACACACAAAGAGCAGGCUUGAUGUCGGACGACGCUGACGCGGCCCGCGCACAGGAGGCGGCCGUCCUCGAGUCCUCCGUGCGAACGCUCAUGGCCCGGAACGCGAGUUCGCAGCCUACGUUCUACCCAGGCAUCGCGGAGGGCCUCUCGUCCAAAUGCGUGCGGGAAUUCAUGCUCUGCAACGAGGCGUUCCAGCACAGCGCGCUCAUCCAGAUCCACCGACGGCUCCGUAGAACGCCUGCCUCCUCGCCCCUCGUACAGCUCUCCGUCAAGCGGAUUCUGGAGUGCACGGCGCAGAUUGGGCCGUCUGCGGGGCUGAGUCCGUGGACGAUGCUCACAACGCCGUUGUUCAUUGCGGGCUGUGAGGCACAGGGCGAGGACCGCGAGAAGGUCCGGCAGUUGCUUUCAUUGCUGCAUGAUACCAUCCGUGUGCCGAACGUGCUUCAGUCGUUGAAAUUCCUGGAACAGUACUGGGCUAACCAGUUGGAUGAGCAUGAGGGCUGGAGUCAAUAUCUAGGACUGGCAACGGACGAGGAUAAGAUCAAGGAAAUCAAACAGCUGGACUACCCGCGCCCUGUGUUCCGUUGGGAUCCUCCCAAGCCCCUCGAAUGGCUGAAGACAGCCUCGAAGUGGCUCUGGGAUGGGGCGCUGGCAAUCCUCCAAUGGCCGGGAUGCACCUGCAGUAGCACGCCCAGACACUGCCUGAACUGGAGACCGGCCUUGGUCCCCUUGGAUACUACCGCAAAUACUGCCUUGGCUACUCCUACAAGCGGAAUCCCUCGAGGCAUUGAAAUUUGCGCCCCUGAAAGGCGCUCCUUUCAAAGGGCCCCAAGCGACGUGAGUACGCUGAUACGGACUGCGUACCAGCUGUGA